AUGUCUAAAGCGCAGAAGUUUUCGAUUGAGGCAACCCGGGAAAGCGACUUCCCAAGAUGGUACAAAGAAACCGUGGUAAAAAGCGAAAUACUAGACUACCAUGACAUUAAUGGGUGCUAUGUUCUUAGGCCCAAUGGAUUUUUUAUCUGGAGUAUGAUCAAGCAGUACUUCACUGAAAAAAUAGAAUCAAUGGGGGUUAAAGAGGCGUACUUCCCCAUGCUGGUUUCAAAAGCAGCACUGGAAAAAGAAAAGGAGCACCUAGACGAUUUUGCACCAGAGGUGGCGUGGAUUACAGAGUGCGGAGGCAAGCCAUUAGAGAAUCCUGUGGCAAUUAGGCCAACAUCAGAGACAAUUAUGUACCCAUACUAUUCAAAAUGGAUACAGAGCUAUAGAGAUCUGCCACUAAAGCUUAACCAGUGGUGCAAUGUUCUGCGCUGGGAGACCACACAAACCAUGCCGUUUGUUCGAGGAAGAGAGUUUCUAUGGCAGGAAGGGCACACUGCACAUCUGACCAGAAAAGAGGCAGACAAGGAGGUAUUUGAAGUUCUGGAUCUAUAUGCAGAUGUAUACAGAGAGCUUCUGGCAGUUCCUGUUGUAAAGGGCACAAAGAGUAAAAAGGAGACCUUUGCUGGUGCAGACUUUACCACAACAGUUGAGGUAUUUAUCCCAUCCACUGGAAAGGGAAUACAGGCUGCUACUUCACACUCACUAGGAACAAACUUCUCCAAUAUGUUCAAUGUAACAGUGGAGGACCCCAGCGCGCCAGGAAGCUUUAUGCCAGUUUUCCAGAACUCGUGGGGACUUAGUACAAGAAGUAUUGGUGUGGCUAUUCUAGUGCACUCUGACAACCGAGGAGUAGUUCUUCCCCCAAAGGUUGCAUCAGUCCAGGUUGUUAUUGUUCCCUGCGGACUUUCUAAGAACACCUCAGAUGAGGAGAAACAGAACAUUCUGGCAGAGGCUGAACGAAUAGAGAAAACAUUAAAGUCGCAUGGCAUUCGUGCACAGGCAGACCUUGCACUGAAUGUUACGCCUGGUCACAAAUUCAACCACUGGGAGGUGCGCGGUGUGCCCCUAAGAAUUGAAAUAGGACCUAAGGACAUGAAAAACAACCAAGCAUGCUUUGCAUGGCGUAUGGAUAAGACAAAAAAAAGUGUUUCUUUAGUAAACAUUGCUGAGUCUGUUAAAGAAGAACUGGAAUCUAUUCACGAGACUAUGUACCAGAAUGCAAAGCUUCUCCAGGACUCGUGCAUUCUAAAAGGAUCCACAAUGGAUGAUUUAAACACAGCACUGCGAAGCGGCAAGAUGUGCACUAUGGUUUGGUGUGGCGCGGUAGAGUGUGAAGAAAAGAUCAAAAAAAUAACCGAAGAAAGAGAUAAGAACAACGUUGUAACAGCCACAGGAGCCAAGUCACUCUGCAUUCCAUUUACAGAGAACAAACCAACUGGCGCAUGCAGUGUUUGCACAAAUGAGGCCACCUGCAUAGGACUUUUCGGGAGAUCAUACUAAACUGAAAUCCUAUUCUGUUUAGUUUACUUCAGGAAGUAUGCCAGUAGUAAAAUAAAUCUUG